GACCGAGCGACCGGCCACGGUGCAACGUAAAUGGCUCCUCUCCGUAUCCGUCAAAGAGCGAGGCCUCGGCGGAUAGAUUGAUUGGAUGUACCAGCCGCCUGACAACGGGACGUACGUAAAAUACAGCGCGGUUUAGGCUUAUUGAGUCUGCGCUAACAGAAAAAGAGGAGGUUCCCGAAUAGAGUCCUUUAUUUAUUUCUUUGUUUCCAGUGGGGAAAAAUAAUAACAGCGACAUAAACCACAGGCACUUCAUUUAUUAUCUUUGUCCGUAUACACAAGAAAACUGGAUAAGAUUACAGUGGUUACUCGAAGGCCAAAGCCAAGCGGAGGAGGAUGAAGCGGCGCAAUGCGGACUGCAGCAAACUCCGACGGCCGUUAAAACGGAACCGAAUCACUGAGGGGAUAUACGGCAGUACCUUCCUGUACCUGAAGUUCCUGGUGGUGUGGGCGCUGGUGCUACUGGCAGACUUUGUUCUGGAGUUCAGAUUUGAGUACCUCUGGCCAUUCUGGCUCUUCAUCCGGAGUGUGUACGACUCCUUUAGAUACCAGGGGCUGGCCUUCUCAGUAUUCUUUGUGUGUGUGGCGUUUACCUCGGACAUCAUUUGCCUCCUCUUCAUCCCAGUGCAAUGGCUAUUCUUCGCUGCCAGUACCUAUGUGUGGGUGCAGUAUGUUUGGCACACAGAGAGAGGUGUCUGUCUGCCCACCGUGUCUCUAUGGAUACUCUUUGUGUACAUAGAGGCAGCCAUCAGAUUCAAAGACCUGAAGAACUUCCACGUGGACUUGUGUCGUCCUUUUGCUGCACACUGCAUUGGCUACCCAGUGGUCACGCUGGGCUUCGGCUUCAAGAGCUAUGUAAGCUAUAAGAUGCGCCUUCGGAAGCAGAAGGAGGUGCAGAAGGAAAAUGAGUUUUACAUGCAGCUCCUGCAGCAGGCUCUGCCUCCAGAGCAACAAAUGCUUCAGAGGCAAGAGCGAGAAGCAGAAGAAGCAGCAGCAGCAGCUAAAGGAAUAUCAGAAGUGGACACACCUCCAGUGUCACAGAAUGGCGCCCCAGCCAAUAAAAAGACAUCGGCACCACUGCCGGAAUUAGAGUAUAGAGAAAAAGGGAAAGAGGGAAGGGGCGGCGGGGAGGCUAAAAAGCAGCACAACAGCAACAGCAUCCUGCCAUCAUCAGUGGACUCUAAACUCCAAGAGAUGGAGUAUAUGGAGAACCAUAUGAACAACAAGAGACUGACCACAGAGCUGGGCAGCACGGAGAACCUGUUGCUUAAAGAGGACAACAAUUCCUCCUGCUCCUCCUCAUCCUCCUCCUCCUCCAAAAACUACAAAAAUUCUAGCAGCAAUGCCGCGACGCUCAACUCAUCGCCCCGCGGCCAUAGUGCUACCAAUGGCAGCGUGCCCUCCUCUGCACCAUCGUCCUCCUCGUCCACGGGGAAGAACGAGAAGAAGCACAAGUUAGCAGUUGGGAAGGGGACGUCAGGCGGCUCCCACAGGGAUCCCACAGACAACUGUAUCCCCAACAACCAGCUUAGCAAGCCAGAAGCACUUGUUAGAUUGGAGCAGGAUGUUAAGAAGUUGAAGGCAGACCUGCAGGCCAGCCGGCAGGUUGAGCAGGACCUGCGCAGCCAGAUUGGCUCGCUGGGCAGCGCUGAGCGCUCCAUACGCACUGAGCUGGGCCAGCUGCGCCAGGAAAACGAGCUGCUGCAGAACAAGCUCCAUAAUGCCGUGCAGGCAAAGCAAAAGGACAAGCAGGCAGUGGGCCAGCUGGAGAAGAGGCUCAAAGCCGAGCAGGAGGCUCGAGCCACCGCCGAGAAACAGCUCGCAGACGAAAAGAAACGAAAGAAGUUAGAGGAGGCAACAGCAGCCAGAGCAGUAGCACUAGCAGCAGCAUCCAGAGGGGAGUGCACAGACACGCUGCGGCGGCGAAUCACUGAAUUAGAAACAGAGUGUAAGAAACUAACAAUGGACAUCAAGCUAAAGGAGGACCAGAUCAGAGAGCUUGAGUUGAAAGUUCAGGAGCUUCAUAAAUAUAAGGAGAAUGAAAAAGACACAGAGGUGCUGAUGUCGGCGCUGUCAGCCAUGCAGGACAAGACCCAGCACCUGGAGAACAGUCUGAGUGCAGAGACCAGGAUCAAACUGGACCUCUUCUCUGCACUUGGAGACGCCAAGAGACAGCUGGAGAUUGCACAAGGUCAGAUCUUGCAGAAGGACCAGGAGAUAAAAGAUCUGAAGCAGAAGAUAGCCGAAGUGAUGGCCGUCAUGCCCAGCAUCUCUUACACAGCCGACACCAGCAGCAUGACCCCUGUGGCCCCCCACUACUCCUCCAAGUUCAUGGACACCAAUCCCUCCGGCCUAGACCCCAACGCCUCCGUUUACCAGCCACUCAAAAAGUGAACGCAUCGUCCCGCCCCGCCCGCCCGCCCGCCCCCUGCCUCCAUCAUUUUUAUUUUUCCUGCAGGCCCCACCACCUUCCAAUCUGCUCGGCAUGUCUGCGG